CCUCGAGGAUAUAUUCUGACCAAAUAAAUGUGGAAGUGUCUUUUCUUCCUCCUAUGAAAGGGAAGCUUGAUUGCUUGAAGCUUGAUUCACAGAGCCGAGACGAAUUCUCUGAAUAUAAUGAGGAGCCUCUUAUAUAGGGCCAGCCAAAGUAGAGAGGACACACCAUAUUCAUUCAGCACACCAGCUCUUCUCACCAGUUUACUUGUGGUCCAUCUCUGCUAACAUGAAGACUCUGAUUGCUUCUCUGACUCUCCUGUUGUUGGUCAUCUCAGUUAAUGCUCAGUAUGGCCCCACCACCACUGAAUGCUGUGACACACACUACUCCAAACCAAUACCCAUCAAUAAAGUGGUGUCUCACAUCACACUCAGCAGUAGAUGUCACCUGAAAGCUCAUGUAUUUACAACCGUGGCAAAGAAAAAAUUCUGUGUCAAUCCAGAUGAUAAAUGGGUGAAGAUUAUUGUGGCCAAGUUGAAUGUGAAAGCUACUACUGCUCAACCCGUGAUGUGAAGGACAUUUCUUCAUUGGGGCUGAAAUGGGACUGAUCUUUUGUGUUGCCAUCACAAAAAAUUUAUUUAUUUGAAACAUGAGCUGAAAAUGUGGCUGUGCUUGAUUGUGCGGAAUUAUUUUUAAAGAAAUAAAAUAUUUUUGUAUAAAUGUAUUGUACACAUGUUUUUGUGCCAUCACUCAACACAAGUGAAUUGCCCUGAAGAAGGCUCAACUGCCGCUACGCGUGGGCAAUUUUAAAAGUCCUUAAUGGACAUGUCAUAAUAAUAAAGACAUUUUUAACUAUACUUUUUGGA